UCACUUUGCCGAUCACACUCGAAUCGAUUUAUUGAUAGAAAUUGGACAUAUAUGUGGAAUCUUUUGUUGACGGCUCGGUUGACAUGGUUACUGUGUCCAGCUUGAAUCACUCGAACCACGUGAGUCAUAUUUCAUUUUGCUUGUAUGAAGAUCAUCAGAGGAAAUCUCGCGUUCUUCGUUGGAUCUCAUUGGAUCUUGCUCAACAUUCUCCGAUGAUCUUCAUCUCGCGAUGGCAAAUCCGGAUGAGACAAAGAUCAUCUGCGAAUGUCUAUACACUCCUGAAGACGAAAGUGUGAAGGAUAACUUCAAUAACGCUCCUAACAUUCACGAGAUCGACGAGGAGAGCGAGACCGAAGAAACGACGAUCUUGGAGCACCCGAAUCCUUCUGCUCCGGACGAAGAAGAUGAUUACGUUGCACAGGAGACCAGGAAUGCAUCGGACGACGAAUCGGCAUACGCAGGAGAGUCCUUUUGCUCCGACGAGUCUUGCGACGAGUCCGAAGUCACUAACAUCGCAUCAGGAUCGCUAAAUCCCUCCUCUCUGCUCCGCAUCGGUGAUCUUCAGCGCAGCCAGAGUUCGAAAGAGCCGGACGAAGAUGUCAGCGAAUUAAGGUGGAAGGAUGAAUCUUACUCUAUGAGUGACGAACCGUCUCGCGCAGCUACGGCGGAUAGAUUGACCAGGACGAGGAGAUGCAGACGAUGGAACAUGAGCUUCACUGAUGAGGAGAUGCGUAAAAUCGAGCGGGAAAACGAGCUGCUGCUGAGGAAGAUUAUGGCGCAGCAGAAACCCCGGCAUAAGAUCCUCGGUGAACGCAGUGCUCAGCCUAGGAUCAGCAGCUCCGCGAUAAACAGGAAGAAGUUGCAGAAGAGGAUAGAAGACGACAAUAUGCUGCUCCUCAGAAGGAUACAACAGGCCAAGUCGUGCGUCUUCGCGAAUGCAUCGAAAACGGGUUGUAGAUUGACCUUUUUGUAGAGCUCUUUUUUUUUAUAAUUUGAAAAAAUAUUUUUAUAUCAUCUCAUUUAGAAAUUGAAUCAACCGUAUCUGCUGAUUAAGAUGAAUUUGAUAAACUGAUAUUACAGCUCUGUAGAGAAAUGACACGAAUAUAAAUCACAUGAAAUGAUACACUUUUUUAAAUAUAUAUAAUCUAUCAGUGUCGUACCGUUUCGCAGAAGAAGAGCUCACAAUGUUUUUUUUUUUUUUCGGUUCCGUAAUCUGUGAGGAAAAAGAAUUCUUACUUUUUAAAACAUCACUAUGCACUUUUUUUGUGACUUCUUUAUUAAAACACAACGAUUACCAGUCUUGAAGAAUAGGUACACAUUUCUUUCACUUUUCAUACUUUGUAUACGGCGCAACCUUGUAAAACUUACUCUUGAAAAUUUGCUUGAAGGUAUCUCUACAAGUCAAGACUAUAAAAAAUCACAGUUCUCACUCGUCUCGAAUAACUUAAUUAUUAUUCGUGAUUAAUAUACCAAGAUCCGGGACUCUCGAGUAUUGCGAUAGUUUAUUUUCUUUUCUCCCCCCCUUUUUAGUCCCUCUUUUUUUUAAUCCCCCUUACAUAUGCAUACGCGGACAAUGUCGCGAGAGAAGAGAAAGAAUGUGCUGUAAAUCAAGAAGCAAAUAAUAAAUUUCCGUAUAUAUAAGCCAUGUAUAACGAUAUAGUUGUUCCUUUAAAUUAAUACGUGCUGUGAUUAUAAUAUGAAAAACUGCAUUUCCUUUUUUUUUCCACUUUUUUAUGCAAGUUCUGUAAUUCCACAUGUGCUAUUUCCAUUUUAUUUGUAAUCGAUCAAUCAAUAUAUGUAUCUCUUAUAAAACAAACCAAACAAAAAGAAAA